AAUUUGAAAAAAAAAACAUAUUUUUUUUUCGUUCUCCUCUCUCUAUCUCUCUCUCUCUUUUUCACUUUUUUUUCUUCUUUUUUUUUACGACUAUGGCAGAAGAACAUAACUGGAAGUUUGCACAGUGUUUUGGUGACAAGGGGGACUCUGACGAUAUCACUGACGCUGAUAUUAUCUCCACUGUUGAAUUUGAUCAAACUGGUGACUAUCUUGCCACUGGUGAUAAAGGUGGACGCGUUGUCUUGUUUGAAAGAAACGAAACUAAAAAAAACUGUGAAUAUCGCUUUUAUACCGAGUUUCAAUCCCAUGAAGCAGAAUUUGAUUACUUAAAGAGUUUGGAAAUUGAAGAAAAGAUCAACAAGAUCAAAUGGUACAAAAGACAAAAUUCAGCUCAUUUCUUGUUAUCCACUAAUGAUAAAACAAUCAAACUUUGGAAAGUGUUUGACAAGUCUUUGAAAUUAGUGGCUGAAGACAAUCUCAGUCCUAAUGAUAGUCCUGUCAACACGCUUCGUUUACCUCGAUUGACACAUCAUGAUACCAUUGUUGCUGCUGUUCCUAGGAGAGUCUAUGCAAAUGCUCAUACUUAUCAUAUCAAUUCUAUAUCCAUCAACUCGGAUCAUGAAACCUAUAUUUCUGCUGAUGACCUAAGAAUCAACCUUUGGAAUUUGGAUGUCUCUAACCAGAGUUUCAACAUUGUUGAUAUUAAGCCUGCUAAUAUGGAAGAGUUGACUGAAGUUAUUACAGCUGCUGAAUUCCACCCUCAGCAAUGUAAUAUGUUUAUGUACAGUUCGAGCAAGGGCACAAUCAAGUUGAGUGACAUGAGAGAAUCUGCAUUAUGUGACCGUCAUGCUAAAGUGUUCGAGGAAGCUGAAGACCCUGCUCAUCGCUCUUUCUUUUCUGAAAUCAUUUCUUCUGUCUCUGAUAUCAGCUUUAGUCAUGAUGGUAGAUACAUUCUUUCUCGAGACUACCUUACUCUCAAGAUUUGGGAUAUCAACAUGGACAACAAACCUGUACAGACCAUCAAUAUUCAUGAUCAAUUGAGAGCUAGAUUAUGUGAUUUGUAUGAAAACGACUGUAUCUUUGACAAGUUUGAAUGUACUUUUAGUGGUGAUGAUAGUCAUGUCAUGACAGGUUCUUAUAACAACACAUUCCACCUGUAUGAUCGCGAAGGUAAAUCAAACAUUACACUUCAAGCAGAUAAGAGUGCUUUCAGAUCCAAACGUCUUGGUGGCUCAAAGAACAAGAUGAUGGCAAGAAACCCUGCACCUAAUGCGGAUAACAUGGACUUUAACAAAAAGAUUUUACAUUCUUCAUGGCAUCCUCGAGAAAAUACAAUUGCCAUUGCUGCUACCAACAAUUUGUUUAUUUUCACUGGCGAACAAUAACAAUCAUACUACUAAUAAAAAAGACCUCAUUUUACAUAUAUAUAUAUAUAUAUAUAUAUAUAUAUACAUACAUG